AUGCUCCUGAACUACGUCGCUGACACCCGAAUUUACGGCACUCACGGCGCUCACGGCUCCUGCAAGGAGGCCAUUGAUGCCGUCCUGGCGCAUCACUUUACGCCAGUACUACCAGAUUUGCUGCGAAGCGACGACGCCCUGGUGCCACUGUGUCUCAAGGUGGUCAGCUCCGUGCUGGAGGCGCGGCCGAGCUUCGUGGUGCAGCUACAGGACGUGGGGGUGUUGGCCAAGCUCUUCGAUUUCUUGUCCGCGGAGCACGUCUGCAACAACUCCCACAGCAUCAGACUGUGCCGGAACCUCGUCACCCACACGACGGAAUUGCCAGAAUUCCUGCGGCAACUGGACGUGGCUGACAAGGCUCACUCCGUAUUUUCCUGGGCUUACAGCAAAGCCCAGACGCAGUUCUUCGAGCCUCUCGUGGAUUUGCUGACCGUUGUCACGCAGAGGGACGCCGCUGACAUCAAGGGCGGCGUGCCUGGGGCGGGCCUGUCAGACGUAUUCAUCCACGACCUGGACGCCCUUCUGGACUUGUGCGAAUACGAAGUCGAAGCGGUGGCCGUCAAUGCUUCCGCAUGCGUCCUGACGCUCGCCAGGUCGUUCCCCCGCCAGUGCGCCGACACGUGCUUGAAGGGCAAGAUCGAGACCCUGCAGCUGUUCGCGCACCUGUUCUCCGCCUCCCGCGUGCCACACCGCGUGACGCACAAUCUGCUGCUGGCGCUCACGCACUUCGCCUCCCUGCGGCCCAACCCGCGCGCCGCCCCCUCGCCGGACAUACGCCGCCUGGCGGACUGCGUCUCGCGGCUGGAGGCCGGCGGAGACGCCGAGAUCGGCAACCUGGCGUCCAGCGUGGAGUCCAUGCUGACGGAGGUGAUGCAAUGA